AUGAGACAUUUCAAUGAUUUAGCUUCGUCGUGGUGGAAAAUUGAUGGUCCUCAGAGAAUCUUGCAUAAAAUGAAUUUACUACGUAUGGAUUUUAUCCAAAAGACUUUCAUGAACUCAAUUCAAUUGAAUGAACCAGGAGUUCCACUUGAGCAACAAAUAUACGUUCCUGCUUACAAUCUCGAUCUUUUGCCCAAACAGAUUUCCAGCCAGAUAGUGAAGGAACAGGAUAACAAAAGAUUUUCAGAAUACGAUAAAUUCAAGUUUAAUGUUUUGGAUAUUGGGUGUGGCGGUGGAAUUCUUUCAGAAUCUAUGGCGCGUUUACCAAUUGUUAAUUCAGUAACCGGUAUUGAUUUAUCGACAGAAGUGAUUAAGAUUGCGAAAAUACAUAAAGCAAAAGACCCUUUGAUAAAUUCUAAACUAAGUUAUAGACUUCAGGCAAUUGAAGAUGUUGAGGAAAGUGAGCAAUUUGAGGUGAUAACAAUGAUGGAGGUACUUGAACAUGUCAACUUGCCAUCAGUUGUUUUAAAUGAUGCGUUGAAGCAUCUCAAGAAGGAUGGUGUUUUGUUUUUAAGUACAAUAAAUCGUGAUUUUGUCUCAUGGUUUACUACGAUUUUUAUGGGAGAGUAUAUUUUAAAAGUUGUGCCAGUUGGUACACAUCAUUUAGAGAAAUAUAUCAAUUCUUCAGAAGUACAAGAGUGGUUUAAUGAGUUGAAUUCAAAAAGCACAGAGAGAAAAUAUGAAAUUCUUGAUUGUAAAGGAUGUGCAUAUCUACCAUUAAAUGGCUGGUUCUUCACAAACACCACCGAAAUUGGAAAUUAUAUGAUGGCUAUUAAGAGAGUUGAUUAG